UUUAAAGAACUAAAGAUUUAAAUUAAAUACGGAGUGCGAGAGCCGAUUGAGCCUUGGGUGCGGGAGGGAGAGAGUCUGAUUUAUAUCUCCACCAAAUCGGGAGGGGGAGGAGGCAGGGAGAAUGAGCUAUUCUUGUACCAGCACAGAGGCUCUGUGUGAAAGCCAGGACGCAACUAACGCCAGUGCGAAGAAAGAUAAUACAAACGCAGAUAUCGGAGGUCUCGAGAGAAAUUGCGGCAGCCCCGUUUCCCGCCAGUCGCUCCAUAAACCGCUCCUGGCCAUGAAAGUGAAGAAAGGCUGCAACUCAACAGACGCGGGUGUCCCAGUUACAUCGGAAGACGAGUUGCUAAGAAACCCGGUAAUAACUCCUGAGGAUGUACUUGGGUUACAGAAGAUCACCGAAAACUAUCUGUGUUCUCCGGAAGAGAACGUUCACAUGAUUGACUUCACGCGGUUCAAGAUCCGAGACAUGGAGACAGGAACAGUGCUGUUUGAGAUCACCAAACCCCCAGCACCAGCGGGCGACAAGAAAAACUUCGACCCCAACGCCGGCCGUUUCGUCCGUUACCAGUUCACCCCUGCCUUCCUGCAGCUGCGCCAGGUCGGAGCCACUGUGGAGUUCACAGUCGGAGACAUGCCCAUCAACAACUUCAGGAUGAUUGAGAGGCACUAUUUCCGAGAGCAGCUUCUCAAGAGCUUUGACUUUGAGUUUGGUUUCUGUAUGCCCAGCAGCAAGAACACCUGCGAACACAUCUACGAGUUCCCCCCACUUUCAGAAGAAAUCAUGCGUGAAAUGAUCCUGCACCCGUACGAGACCCAGUCUGACAGUUUCUACUUUGUGGACAACAAGCUGGUGAUGCACAACAAGGCAGACUACUCCUACAGUGGUGGUCCGUAGGAAUACAUGACCCCCUAAACAUCUAGACCCGCCCCACCUCCUACUAUAUAUCCAUUUAAGCCCCUAUGGCACUGUGGACAGACCAGACAGACAGACAGAGAAAUAGACAACAAACUGAUAGGUCACAAGCAUCAGGACUUAUGGACCGUCUCUUGCACAAGUGGAAUUCUUUUUCCAAUCCGAUUUCCCCAAUGCUUGUUAUUGCCUCAUUGCAAUUCCAGACACUUGCAAUAACCUGUCAAGUUGUAUGUUUCUAUGUCUGACAGAGAGUGUUGCAGGUGUGUACAUACAGUCUUAAUUAUUCAUUUGACACAUUUCAUGUGGCCUGAUCUAGCAGAAGCUAGAUGGGCCAGUAACAAUGAAUGUCUUUUUAGUGUGUGCUGAAGGGCUCAGUCAGUGUGCUAAAGAGAAAAUGGAGAAAACAAGAAAUGGACAGUGGGCUGCUUAAUCAGCUAUUUGAACAAGUGAGACAAACAGACCCAGCCAUUUGUUGCAGGACCAAGUGACACAGACACUCUGUUAUUUAACAUCAUCACAAUGUGUUCUAGUCAAGCAAAUCCAAUGUAUUUCUACUAGGGUUUUGGCAAAUGUUUUACUCCUAAAGAAAGUCAGAAAAGUUGCUUGUUUCUUGGAUUUCUAUUAACACUUUAUAUUAAGUUGCUCUAAUGAUUAUGUACCUAACACAGUAAUAGCUGACAAGAAAAUAAUGGUUAAUGUGUAUUACUAUGUAAUAGCAUGGUACUUUUGUCAUUACGGAGUCAGUUAUUAUACCGUUGCAACAUAACACAAGUUGUAAUUACAUAUUCACAUGUUAAAUGUUGUUCCACAAGUGCAACUACUAAGUACACAUUCUUUUGUGACAUUACAUAAAUAAUUAGUAAUUAUAUGUAAUGAAAUGGUGCCAUUGCCAAGAGCUACACAGGUAAUUAAGCAUUUAAUAACUAAGCAUUUAAAGUUAGUGACUUGCAAAUGUAAACUUAUCUAAACAUUUACAUAGUGGUACAAGAGAAUGUGUAAUAACAUCAGUAGUUACACAUGAGGAGCAACAUUCAACUGUAAAACUGUGUAAUAACAGAUUAUGCAAAAACGUAGUAAAUGUAGUAAUAACUAGUAAUAAUAUAUUGGUACUACAUAUAAUGUAUAUGUUUUUACUGUUAGUAAUGUGUUAUUUAUAUAUUAUUUAAGGCAACGUAAUUUAAAGUGUUACUGAUUGUCUAUUUAAUAGCCAUUAGCUCUGAAUAACUCACUGUGUCUGAUAGGAAUACAAUGUUUUGAUGAGGUUAUUUGUCCUCAUCAAAACAUUGUUUUGAUGUUUUGAUGAGGUUAUUUGUCCUUCAUAAUUCCAGUAGAAAGCAGUUGAAUUAAUUAUUUUGUAGAAAGGAACAGGCACAUUUUGAAAUGACAUUUGUUGUGUUUAGGGUUGCAAAAUACUAGCUUUCCAAAAUUCCAAAGUUUUCCAGUAGGAGUAUUCCUGGAUCUCCUACUUAUUCUUGCUUAAUUUGGCAAAUCUUGCAAACCAGAUUUAAAGACAAAAAUGUUACCAGAAUUUUGCAACCAUAGCUACUUUAAGGUGAAGGAUAGUAAUUCAUUUUCAUUUUGAUAUCCAGCAUACAAUAUUUAGUGUCAAGAGAUCUACAACUUUAUUUAUACCAAGUGUGCUUAUUGUAAAAUAAAUAAAAAUGAUCUAAAGUUUGGACAGUGGAAUUACCACUCUGGGAAAUAAAUAUAUGUUGGGUUUUUUGGAA